AUGAGUGCUGCCUUCGCAAGGAGUGCUGCCUUCGCAAGGAGUGCUGCCUUCGCAAGGAGUGCUGCCUUCGCAACGAGGGCUGCAUUUGCAGGGAGUGCUGCCUUCGCAAGGGGUGGUGCCUUCGCAAGGAGUGCUGCCUUUGCAAGGAGUGCUGCCUUUGGAAGGAGUGCUGCCUUCAGUGCUGCCUUCGCAAGGAGUGCUGUCUUCGCAAGGAGUGCUGCCUUCGCAAGGAGUGCAGCCUUCGCAAGGAGUGCUGCCUUCGCAAGGAAUGCUGCCUUCGCAAGGAGUGCUACCUUCCCAAGGAGUGCUGCCUUAGGACGUAGUGCUGCCUUCGCUAGGUGUGCUGCCUUGGUACAGAGUGCAGCCUUCGCAAGGAGUGCUGCCUUCGCAAGGAGUGCUGCCUUUGCACAGAUUGCUGCCUUCGCACGGAGUGCAGCAUACGCACAGAGUGCUGCCUUCGCAAGAGGUGCUGCCUUCACAGGGAGUGCUGCUUUCGCAUGGGGUGGUGCCUUCGCAAGGAGUGCUGCCUUCGCAGGGAGUGCUGCCUUCGCAGGGAGUGCUGCCUUCGCUAGGAGUGCUGCCUUCGCAGGGAGUGCUGCCUACGCAGGGAGUGCUGCCUUCGCAAGGAGAGCUGCCUUCACAAGGAGUGCUGCCUUCGCAAGGAGUGCUGCCUUCGCAAGGAGUGCUGCCUUCGCAAGGAGUGCUGCUUUUGCACGGAGUGCAGCCUUCGCACAUAGUGCUGCCUUCACACGGAGUACCUCCUUUGACAGAGUGCUGCCUUCGAAAGGAGAGCUGCCUUCGCAGGGAGUGCUGCCUACGCAGGGAGUGCUGCCUUCGCAAGGAAAGCUGCCUUCGCACGGAAGUGCUGCCUUCGCAAGGAGGGCUUCCUUCGCAAAGAGUGCUGCCUUCGCAAGGAGUGCUGCCUUUGCACAAAGUGCUGCCUUUGCAGGGAGUGCUGCCUUUGCACAGAGUGCUGCCUCCGCAAGGAGUGCUGCCUUUGCAUGGACUGUUGCCUUCGCAAGGAGUGCUGCCCUUGCAAGGAGUGCUGCCUUCGCAAGGACUUCUGCCUUUGCUAGGAGUGCUGCCUUUGUUAGGAAAGCUGCCUUCGCAGGGAGUGCUGCCUACGCAUGGAGUGCUGCCUUCGCAAGGAAUGCUGCCUUCGCAACGAGUGCUGCCUUCGCAAGGAGUGCUGCCUUCGCAAGGAGUGCUGCCUUUGCAACGAUUGCUGCCUUCGCAAGGAGUGCUGCCUUCGCUAGGAGUGCUGCCUUCGCAGGGAGUGCUGCCUACGCAGGGAGAGCUGCCUUCGCAAGGAGAGCUGCCUUCACAAGGAGUGCUGCCUUCGCAAGGAGUGCUGCCUUCGCAAGGAGUGCUGCUUUCGCACGGAGUGCAGCCUUCGCACGUAGUGCUGCCUUCACACGGAGUGCUUCCUUUGACAGAGUGCUGCCUUCGCAAGGAGGGCUGCCUUCGCAGGGAGUGCUGCCUACGCAGGGAGUGCUGCCUUCGCAAGGAGUGCUGCCUUCGCAAGUUGUGCUGCCUUCGCAAGGAGUGCUGCCUUCGCAAGGAGUACUGCCUUCGCAAGGAGUGCUGCCUUCGCACGGAGUGCAGCCUUCGCACAGUGCUGCCUUCGAAAGGAGAGCUGCCUUCGCAGGGAGUGCUGCCUACGCAGGGAGUGCUGCCUUCGCAAGGAGUGUUGCCUUCGCACGGAGUGCGGCCUUCGCACAUAGUGCUGCCUUCACACGGAGUGCUUCCUUUGACAGGGUGCUGCCUUCGCAAGGAGGGCUUCCUUCGCAAAGAGUGCUGCCUUCGCAAGGAGUGCUGCCUUUGCACAGAGUGCUGCCUUUGCAGGGAGUGCUGCCUUUGCACAGAGUGCUGCCUCCGCAAGGAGUGCUGCCUUUGCAUGGACUGUUGCCUUCGCAAGGAGUGCUGCCCUUGCAAGGAGUGCUGCCUUCGCAAGGACUUCUGCCUUUGCUAGGAGUGCUGCCUUUGUUAGGAAUGCUGCCUUCGCAGGGAGUGCUGCCUACGCAUGAAGUGCUGCCUUCGCAAGGAGUGCUGCCUUCGCAAGGAGUGCUGCCUUCGCAAGGAGUGCUGCCUUCGCAAGGAGUGCUGCCUUUGCAACGAUUGCUGCCUUCGCAAGGAGUGCUGCCUUCGCUAGGAGUGCUGCCUUCGCUAGGAGUGCUGCCUUCGCAGGGAGUGCUGCCUACGCAGGGAGAGCUGCCUUCGCAAGGAGAGCUGCCUUCACAAGGAGUGCUGCCUUCGCAAGGAGUGCUGCCUUCGCAAGGAGUGCUGCUUUCGCACGGAGUGCAGCCUUCGCACAUUUUGCUGCCUUCACACGGAGUGCUUCCUUUGACAGAGUGCUGCCUUCGCAAGGAGGGCUGCCUUCGCAGGGAGUGCUGCCUACGCAGGGAGUGCUGCCUUCGCAAGGAGUGCUGCGUUCGCAAGUUGUGCUGCCUUCGCAAGGAGUGCUGCCUUCGCAAGGAGUACUGCCUUCGCAAGGAGUGCUGCCUUCGCACGGAGUGCAGCCUUCGCACGUAG